AUGGUGAAAACAGAUUUUAUUCAGGAGCUGUUGCCACAGGGGAAGAGGCCUCCGUGUAAAACUGGCUCAACUCUGAACUCAGUGUGGACAACUGUGAGACAAAACCUACUUUUAUCUCUCAGAACGUUUCAUCAAGCACCUGUAUGUGGCAGGCCCCUCAUCAAGUGCUGGAAACACAAGGUCCAGCUCUGGAGUGUGGAGUCCGGUGAAGACAGCGGCGCAAAAGGCAGAGGGCUGGUCUCCCUCGUGGGCUGCGGGGGUCAGACACAGCCCACCUACGGGGAGCUCAGCACAGUUUUCAACCCGAUACAGGUGUUUGCAGCUGUUAGACCUGAACCUACCUCGCUGCUCCUGCCCAGACAGGGGCGUCAAGGGCAACACAGCCUGGAUUUCAACCCAGCUCCCCCCGAGUGCCCUCGCUGCGGCCGGUCCCCAAGAGCACCGCCUGGGGUGUCGGGUCAGGCAUCCAGCUCCACGGGCAGGUGCUGUCCCAGCCUGGGCGCCGUGGGUGCCAACAGCGGCAGCCCGCCCGCUCGCCCGCCUGCGCCCCUCACCCCGGAGGCUGAGCUGCGGCACCUGGACGCCGGGGCCCGCCUGACGGAGAGGGGCUCCACCCGACCCGAGCUGCCUGGCCCAGGCCCAGGCCCCGCGGGCGUGAGUGGAGUCUGCGGGCCUCUGGAGUCUGAUCUGAGCAGCACCGGGCUCUCGGCGCGGCGGGACUAA